UCACCCUCAACCCUGUUUCUGGGACCAUUAACCAAAGGACGAUAAUAAAAUAAAAAUAAAAAUAAAAACAAAUUGAAAGAAAAAAACUGUGAUUAAAUCACAGCAUUGAUGAUAUAUUUUUUAAUUAAACGUUUAAUUUUAAUCAAAAUGGACGCUUUAAAAAAAAAAAAUUAAAUAAGUGCAAACCACAAAUCUCUCAAAUGACAGUUUAUAUAUUUAUAUAUACGUAUACAUAUAUAAUAUGUAAUAUAUGUAUAUUGUACAAAGUACAGUUUAGUACAACAUAUAAACUGUUACUGUACGACACAUAAAUAAAUAUAUAGGACAGAUUACAGCACCAGUAUUUAUUUCCACCUUAACUUGACCUGUUGACUCAUCAGCUCUUUCCUGUCCUUCCGUUUGCUCUGUGUCUUGUUGUUGUUCUUUCUUUCUUUUUUACCCAUAAGGCCUUAUUCAUUCGUGAACAAUGAAGUUGUGGGUGAAACUCUAAACUGAGAGCUUUACAAACAGAGAGAUGAUAGAAAACGUAGACACAGGGUGUGGGCCGAGGUUGUUCGGGUGAGUGAUUUUAUUUCGGGGGAGGGAUGAGGAGGGGGGGGGUCCAGUUCCAGUCUAAAGUCGUGGCCAGACAAUGGGCAGGUGUGUGUGUGUGUGCGUGCGCGCGCGCUCCUGCACAGUCACUUAUUUUGGACUGAGGCACUGGCUCCAAUCACUCGGUCGCCGCGGGCUGAAACUGGCACUUGCUGUAACUCUGUUCGCCUCUGUGUCGACAGCGCCAUCCCUGGGGCAUUAGCCGCUACAGAGUGGACAGCGCAGACCGACAGAGAGGAUUCGGGACGGGACCUAAAGCGAAGCUUUAAUGGAGAGGAAGACAUCGCAGAUCAAACACAUGUUUGUCGGCAUCCUGGGAUUGGCUACGAUCUACAUCAUCUACAUCAACACUGACAGGAGAUGGGAGAUGUGGAACAGGCCUCAGGUUUCAUACGUCAGUAACAAUUUGUCCGAAAACAUUGAAGAGUAUGAAGAACCGGAGUUUGAGGAUCCCGGUCCGUACCACGUGGCCUACCCAAAAAGAUACCCCGUCGUCAUGGACAACACUUACGUCUGUAGAACCAAGAACCCGUUCCUGAUCCUGAUAAUUCCAGUCGCACCAAGUAAUGUGGAAGAUCGGGACGCCAUCCGGCAGACCUGGGGAGGUGAGAAGAUGGUCCACGGCCAGGAGGUGGAGACCCUCUUUUUACUGGGCAUGACCAGAGGAGAAGGGAGGCAGAGGCAGCUGCGGUGGGAGAACGAGCAGCACCACGACAUGAUCCAGAGCAACUUCCUGGACAGUUACCGCAACCUGACCAUCAAGACCAUGUUCAUGCUGGAGUGGGUGGUUGAAAACUGCAGAAACACUUCAUACAUCAUGAAGAUAGACUCAGACAUGUUGGUCCACGUUCCUAAUUUGGUGAAGCUUCUCGUGGAUUCCAGAACUCCAGAGGAGAACUACAUGUCAGGUUUGGUGUGGUGGCACAGCCCGGUUCUCAGAGACCCAGGAAACAGGUUCUACCUGCCACCGGAGGUCAUCACUGAGCCCGAGUACCCUCCCUACCCUCUGGGCAUGGCCUACAUCAUGUCUCUGGACGUUCCUGGGAAACUUCUCAGCGUCUCCACGCACAUCAAACCCAUCUACAUCGAGGACGCCUACCUGGGCAUGUGUCUGAAGUUUCUAGGUAUUCUGCCCAUCAACCCCCCGGAGCCGGGGAUGUUCUUGGUGGAUCCUGAGCAUCCUCUGAGCGACUGCAACCUCUCCAGGGUGGUCGCCAUGACGACACCAAACAUCAGACUGAUGAAGAGUUACUGGGACAGAAUCAAAGACCCGCAGACUAAAUGCUGAGCUGUGAGAUCUCCUGUGAUCGUUUCCGAUCACCAGUCGACACGUCUCGGACGCAACACACGGACUCAGAAAAAGACAGUGAGGUCGAGUUCUUUUUGCACAUCAGCAAUAAAGUAAAUGAUAAAGGUCAAGAAUGAAGUCAACCUGACGGUGAGGCAGUCUGUACACUUCACCACUGCGGGGCGCUGUGUGGCCUGGUCUGUCUUGAAGGUUUCUGCUCAGGUGGGAACCUUUUGUAAAAGUCAAACAAAUGUGAAUGUGUUUGAAACGUUUGUUGGCAAAAGAACUCACAGACAAAUGAGUUUCAACGAUUCAUGUUUGAUGAAUAAGCAAGUAUCAAGUAUAUAUAUAUAUAUAUAUAUAACAUAUAUAUGUAUAUAUAUACAGUAUAUAUAUAUAUAUAUACAUGCUUAUGUAUUUGCCAGUCAAAGAACUUCAGACAUGAACAGCAGUGAGGUGUUAGAACUUCAGAGGCACAGACUGAGAUUUUAUUUUGUGUUUAAAAUGUUGAAGGAUUUUCAGGAGUCUAAGUGAGUCCAUACAAAUAUUAUUUUAAUUUUUCUUAGCAAUAAUCAGCUCUCAUCACUGUGAUCUCACUCAUGACACCAAACACCAGACAAGGAUGUUUGUUUUUAUCGAGCUUGUUGGAAAAUUAAAUCACUUUUUUAGAUUUAAAAUGCAAUGAAAAAUAGAAGUAAAACAAAAAUUUACCUCAAACUGUAAAGUUGGACCUGUGGAUUACAGAGUUCUGUCACACUGCUGUUUUAGAAUCCUGUAUAUUUCAACCCUUUGCACUACCGUGCUGCCACCACAUGGGGGCAGCAACCAUGGUUUCGUACACCAGGCAGCAGCAGCUGUUGUCAGUCGUCGCUGCUGAAGCCACCGACACCCCACACACACACACAUAUGUGUAUAUAUAUAAAUAUAUAUU